AUGGCGGAGCGAGCGCCGGAGCCCGAGGCGGAGGCGGAGGCUGAGGCUGAGGCGGGCGCAGGCGGGGAGGCGGCGGCCGAGGAGGGCGCGGCAGGCCGCAAGGCGCGGGGCCGGCCGCGACUCACAGAGUCGGACCGGGCCCGGCGGAGGCUCGAGUCCCGGAAGAAGUACGACGUGCGGCGCGUGUACCUGGGCGAGGCGCACGGACCCUGGGUGGACCUGAGGCGCCGCAGCGGUUGGAGCGACGCCAAGCUCGCCGCCUACCUCAUCUCGCUGGAGCGCGGCCAGCGUAGCAGCCGCCACGGGAAGCCUUGGGAGCAAGUCCCCAAAAAGUCAAAGUGGAAGAAACGGCGGCGACGCAAUGUGAACUGCCUGAAGAAUGUGGUGAUUUGGUAUGAGGACCACAAGCACCGCUGCCCAUACGAACCACACCUGGCUGAGCUGGAUCCCACCUUCGGCCUGUAUACCACAGCCGUAUGGCAGUGUGAAGCAGGCCACCGCUACUUCCAGGACCUGCACUCACCCCUGAAGCCCCUCAGUGACUCAGAGCCUGACAGUGACAAAGUGGGCAAUGGCCUGGUGGCCAGCAGCUCCACUUCAUCCAGCUCCAGCUCUGGCUCAGACUCUGAGGAGCCCACUGAGGCCCAGCCUGUCAAGACCUCAGCAGCAGCAGUAGUCACCCCCACCAGCCCAGUGGGCAGCAGUGGGCUCAUCACACAGGAAGGCGUGCACAUCCCUUUCGACGUCCACCAUGUGGAGAGCCUGGCGGAGCAGGGCACCCCACUGUGCCCCAACCCCACAGGCAGUGGGCCUGAAGCCUUGGAGACAGUGGUGUGCGUGCCAGUCCCCAUGCAAGUAGGCGCAGGCCCCGGCGCCCUCUUUGAGAAUAUGCCCCAGGAGGCACUGGGCGAGGUGGUGGCCAGCUGCCCUGUUCCAGGCAUGGUGCCGGGCUCCCAGGUGAUCAUCAUUGCCAGCCCGGGAUAUGACGCCCUCACAGCUGAAGGCAUCCACCUCAAUGUGGCUGCAGGCAGUGGCACCCCCAGCAGCGGCCUGGGCGAGGAGGUGCCUUGCACCAUGAUGGAGGGUGUGGCAGCCUAUACCCAGACGGAGCCUGAGGGCAGCCAGCCCAGCACCAUGGACAUCACCUCCAUAGCCAGCAUCGAGACCAAGAAAGGUCUGGGGGGGCCCCCGCUUCCCCCAUGGACACCUGCCCUGUGUCCACCCGUAGAGAAGGAGGACCUGUACAUGCUCAAGAAGGAGGAGAAGGAGGAGCCAGUAGCCCCAGAGCUGGCAGAGCUGGCAGCAAUGGUGCCUGAGAGCGCAGAGCCCGAGGCAGAGAUGGACGGGGAAGAACUGGAUGGCAGCGACAUGUCAGCUAUCAUCUACGAGAUCCCAAAGGAGCCUGAGAAGAGGCGGCGGAGCAAGCGGUCACGAGUUAUGGAUGCAGAUGGCCUGCUUGAGAUGUUCCACUGUCCCUACGAGGGCUGCAGCCAGGUCUACGUGGCCCUCAGUAGCUUCCAGAACCAUGUCAACCUCGUGCACCGGAAAGGGAAGACCAAAGUGUGCCCUCACCCUGGCUGCGGCAAGAAGUUCUAUUUAUCCAACCAUCUGCGACGACACAUGAUCAUCCAUUCAGGUGUUCGUGAGUUCACCUGCGAGACCUGCGGCAAGUCCUUCAAGAGGAAGAACCACCUGGAGGUGCAUAGACGCACGCACACUGGCGAGACACCCCUGCAGUGCGAGAUCUGCGGCUACCAGUGCCGGCAGCGUGCGUCUCUCAACUGGCACAUGAAGAAGCACACGGCCGAGGUGCAGUACAACUUCACGUGCGAGCACUGUGGGAAGCGCUUCGAGAAGCUGGACAGCGUCAAGUUUCACACGCUCAAAAGCCACCCGGACCACAAGCCCACCUGACCCACCCGACCACUGACCACCCUAUUUAUUCAUCCAGUCGGACACCAUGUCCAGGCUCUGGGCCCGGACAGCUGCGGGGGCCGCCCGGACCGCAGGCCGGAAGGAGGCGCUCCCGCUCCACCACGUCCCAGGGCUGGGCCCCCUGGGCAGGACCCCACCCCGCCCUGUCCCACCCCAUCUCUGGAGCUGUCGCCUGGGGCCGAGCUGCUGGAACUGUGUCGGGAGAGCAGAGUGAGAUUAAAGCGUGAGAAAGGAGAUGCCCUUCCCUUAGACUUGGAUGACAUGGGGGCGGGGCCCUUCUUGAGCAAGGCCAGAUUCGCGAGAUGCCCCGACGUGCCUCACAGUCCCUCGGCCCGGCAGCCCCACACAGCUUCUUUGGUAGCAGGGAUGAGGGCUGGAGGCCCACGAGGUCACUGGGCAUCUCCCAGGACCCAGAAUCCUGAUGCCCACUCCUGAUGUCUCAUGGAAUACUCAUUCCCACCCUUAGCUCCAGGAGGAGCCGGAGAGAUGGGACAUCUACAGUUAGUAAGGAGCACCGUGCAGAAAAUGGCAUGAUGUGUUGCUUUGCGGGUGCUGUUUAGGUUAGAGGUCAGGAAGUGUCUCCCAGAGGAGGUGGCAUUUGCCCAUAGACCAGAAUGACGGAGGAGCCAUCUCCCUAAGAAAGCUGGGCAGGGCAAAUUUCAGGCCAAAAGAACUGCCUGUGCAAAGCCCCGAGGUAGCAGCUCGGCGUGUUCCUAGAACAGGAAGUCGCGGGGGGAGGGGAGUUGGCAGCAGCUGGCCGGCUGCCCUGGCCCUACUUCCCUGAGGAAGAUGCUGAGGUCGCCUCCUGUGGCCGAGGAGGGGGAAGGAGGUGCAGCCGCCAGGUGGCGCGCAAGCCGCGUGGGCCUGCUAGCUGCUGGCACGUGACCCAAGGGACCGCAACCGCGAGCGCAGGCACGUGCCCCGGGGAGCCUGUGGCGCCACGCGCAUUGGUCCCAGUGGGGCGGCAGUUGUGCCUCAGUUUCCGCGGAGGACUUGGGGGUCCCUCAGCCCGGGGCUGAAGAAUCUGCGAGGAUAAGCGAG